UAUCAAAGAGUUAACACUAGCUAACCUCUACCGCUAAAUGUACAUUUCUCUGUCUUUAUAAUUGUUAUAAUGUAACGUUAAAGUUACAAAGUUGAACAGGUUAUCAAGCUAACUAUCUGUAACUUAGCAGGCCGGUCUCAUAAACAUAUGUUAGGCUACUAACUAGCUUUGUUAGUCACUUCUACCGCGUUAAUUAAACUCAGCGCAGUUGGACUAACGUUUACUACUUUUCAGCUAUCAACUGUUCCCGCUGCACCGACUUGGUAAUUUUAUGUUCACGCGGUGACAACAUAAGCCGAAUUGACAAAUAUGUCGGAGAUAGAUGAAGAUGCAGUUUUGUCGGACUUCGAGGGAGAGGAAGAAACGCACCUAGAAGGAGUCGAAGAGAACGAGAAGGUCCAGGUUUGCUAUUUGACCCAAGAAACCAUAAGUCAGGGGCUCUCAUUACUGUGCAGAACAGGAAAUGGACUUGGACAUGCAUUUGUCAAACUGGACCUUAAAGACAAUGGACUGAGUGACAUAACUGCAGUCAGCAGCUUUAUUCACCUACGUUUUCUGGAUGUUUCCAACAACCACCUUACUGAUCUUUCUCCUCUGGCCUCUCUGACCCAGCUGCUCUGGCUGAAGGUUGACUGCAAUGCUGUGGCAUGUUUCAAAGGGCAACCUUUCACUCAGUUGACCUACCUACAGUGGCUGAGCAUGGCAGCGAACCGGCUAACUGACCUGGAUGGCCUGGUCGGGCCUGCCUUGGAGAGCCUAAAUCUUACAGGUAAUGGUUUAAAGACAGUGAAUGGUCUUCAGGGUGGCUGUUUUGCCAACCUGGUGACACUAGAGCUGAGGGGAAACCACUUGGAUUCCAUUGAUGGCAUCAACCUUCCAAACCUGCGGCAAUUAUAUCUGGCCCAAAACGUUAUCAAACACCUGAAGGGUUUAGAGAGGUUAGAGCACCUCACCACUUUUCACCUUCGAGACAACCAGCUCGAUACUCUGGAAGGCCUCAGCCCCAACAUGAAGUGUCUCCAAUACCUCAAUGUCAGAGGCAACGCCAUUUUAUACGAGAAUGCCCUGAAAUGCCUCGGGCUUGUGUCAAAAACUCUGCGAGCUUUGGUCCUCUCCGAGAAUCCUCUGGUGGAAACGAACGACUACCGGCUGAGUGUACUAGUUCUCCUGCCCAAUCUGGAGCGACUUGACAAAGAUCUUGUCUCCCCUGAGGAACGGACUGAGGCACUGGAGAGAAUCAAGGAACUUAAAGAAGAGGAAAUAUCUCUGCCAUAAGAUUUGUAAUGAUGGCCAAUACGAGGAAGUGUUUGGCUUCCUUGAAAACGGGUUUGGUGUGUCUAGGCGGGUGAAUGUGACAGUGUUGAAUGAAAUGUAUUGUAUACCUUUUUGCCUAUAGAGUGUCUUGUAUGACGUGUAUCAUCCGUAAAUGUGUAAAUUUGUGUUGCUUGUGUCAUGUUCUUACACUAUUAAAGCCUAUUUUUUUCGACAAUAAAAGUUUAGAAAAUGUUUAUUUCUGAGAGGCUUACAUGUACAAAUGCAGACAAUCAGCUGGAGCAACAAAGCAAUGUGUCAGUGACUAAGGAAUAAGAAAUGAGGGAGUAUUUGAACCUUUUGUUGCCAGCCAAACUGUUGUGUUUCCCUGAGUAAGGAUGAGAGGGCAAAAUCUGCCACCAUUUCCCUGUUGGCAGCCAUCCAACUGUGGCUUUAAAGGGACAGUGACAUGAGUUGGAUGGAAAAUCAACUAUAUACUGGAUUUUACUGUCGACCAAAGCCUGCACAUUGUAUCGAAUAAUGCAGUUGUUUUCUGUUUAUUAGUAGUAAUCUGAAGUUGUCAAUAAAAUCUCCACAUCUCACCAUCACACUGUUGCCACAAUCACAAAGUCAACAGCCCACCUCACUGAAAAGAUUGUACAAUUUAUUAAAGUCUUCAAAGUGG